CGAACCAGUUCCCCAUACCGGUGUUGCCCCUCUUUUUUCUCCAUGAUCAAUUUUUGUCAAAAGUCAACGCCAAAAUCUCCGAGCACAAAUCUUUGCCCAUAAUCCAGACCAGAGACUCCGAAUCCCCUUCCUGGUCUCACUCUUCUCCCCCAAUCCUCAAAUGGGUCGGAGGCAAAACGACCCAGAAGCCACCCAUUGCUCUCCUCUCGUCCUCCUCUUGGUGGGUUUGGCUUCCUGUGCUCUGGUCUACGCUGCCCUCUGUGUAGUGCUUAAACCCAAUGAAGCCUCUUCAUUUUCCGAGCUUGAGUCCCUGGAAUUGGUGGAGGAGGGUGGAGGUGUUGGGGUGGAGGGAGAGAGUGGAGCAUGUUGCAGAGGGACUGAGAAUUUGGAGCUCUGGGGGGCUGCUGUGAAGUGGGGUUCAGAGUUUAAGUUCAAUUCUUCUGAGCAGUGUUGCAAGGCAUGUAAAGCCAUGUGUACUGGGACUGAUGGGCCUUGUUUGUGUGAUAGCUGGGUUUUCUGUGGGAACAAGGAGGCAUGUGGCUCAAAAUUCGGUGAGUGCUGGCUGAAGAAACAGAAAGAUACAUUGGCUCCUGAGCGGCAGGAAGUAGGGGAAACAGUUAGUUGGACUUCUGGACUCAUCUUUGGGAGAGGAGAGGGCAUUGUUGGCUUGGAAACAAAGUAUGGAACUCUUCAUAUAAAACUUUUGCCUGACUGUGCCCCUCAUUCUGUAGCCUACAUUCUUGAGUUGUUGGCAUUGCGCCAUUGUGCAGGCUGCCAGUUUUAUCGUGCAGAGAGACGGGGCUCAUCAUGGGAUUCAGAAGGAAACCACAUAAAAAAUGCUCCUUUUGGUCCUCCUUUUGCACUGGUUCAAGGAACACUUGAUGCCCAAGGAGUGAUAUUUAAGAAGAUUCCAACUGAGGUUUGCCCAACCAUAAGAAGGGGUUCAGUUGCGUGGAUUGGUUCUGGCCCGGAAUUUUUUAUAAGCCUUGCAAACCACGAAGAGUGGAAAAAAGAAUACACCGUCUUUGCUUCUGUUCUUCCAGAAGACAUGAACAUCGCUGAGAAAAUUGCUCAACUUCCCACCACAGCUGAUGUUUGGAACAGUAUCAAUGUAUCUGUCUUGGAAAAGCCUGUUCCCUUGUUCUUGCGAAGGAUGAAGACAAGUCAUGGAGAUCUCACCGUAAACAUGAAAUCAAAUUAAAAGAAUCUAUACAAAACUGGUAUGUAUACGACGAAAUUGGCCCCUUCAUGCGGUUUUCUGUCCUUAAUCUGAGUUAAAUUUGCAUUGCUCUCAUGGAGCAAGAACACAUCAAUGGGGCCAUAGAGAAAGUUUGUGAUUUAAUGUAACUAACUUCAUUCACAUAUCAGAUCAAAUACCAAGCAAGGGAAUAUUUGUCCAAGUUUAUAUCAUUUGAUUAUGGCAAAUGGUGAGUAGUAGGUUUCUGUUUA